AUGAUACAGAAGCAGAUUGGCGGAACGUCGCCUGGGCAACGCAAGCCGUGCUGGGCUUGGAGUUAUUGGAUAUCCAGAUUGGUCCUGGCUUCGAUCUUGUUCCUAAUCGCAGUGGACAUCAACCCGGAAGUGGAUGAUAGCCCACGCAGGAGGAGACGCCUGAUUGCAGCGACAAGAGUUCUCAGCCCCGCCAUCCAGGGUUCAAAUUGGUGGACGUCCUGUGGGCUGCACAUGCACACUUGCUCGGGGCCAUGGCUACCCCAAAUGAAGGAGUACUGCUGCUGUGACUCCGGCUACACCUGGGCAGCCGAUGCUUGUGAUCUGGAAACGACGACGACAUUGCCAGUACCGGAUGCUGAAGACAGCUCUGGCAGAAGCACACUGCUGUUCUGUGAGACUUUCGAUCAGGAGGAGAGCGAGGGAUCCCUUACCUAUGAGGAAAUGCUGCGGUUGAACGAGACUUCGGUGCAAGAAUGGGUUGCUGGAGUGUUGGCUGAAGCCGGCUACGAGCGAAGCCUCCCUGAAGUCACAAGAAUCCUGCAGAAGCACCAUGUAGAUGGCGAAGCUUUACCAACUCUGACUUCCUGGAGUCUCAUGACAUAUGGAAUGGAUCAAGGACCAUCUCAAGCGAUUUCUGGGAGAGUUCAGUCACUGAAGAUAUCCCCACGGAGGCUGUCAAGUGGGACGAGUGGAUGCUCAGACGAUGAUGGAGACACAAGUAUUCACACAGGGAGCAGUGGCUGCACAGAGGAUGAGCAAGAGCAGCAUCGAAGUCUACACACAGGUAGCCAGGGCUGCAGCAAGUCCUCUACGGGCACCCGUGGAUGCCACCAUCGUCAUGCAAGUGGUGCUCAAGGGUGUCACCACGCCCACUACGCGGCGAAAGGCUGUGACUCCGGGGCACGAGGCUGUCACCAUGCACACCAUGCGGCGAAAGGCUGCGACUCCGGCGUGCAAGGUUGCCACUCCGGGGUGUGCGGCUGCCAGGACCGUUCUGGUCUCGGUGACACCUUUGGUUUUGUGAUGCUUCUGCCGUUCAUCAUGAUCGUUGUGAUUGGCAUUAUGGUCCAUGCUUUGGCGGCCCUGCCGAUCCUGAUGCUCUACCCUGUGGCGUUUCCGGUGAUUUUGGCGAUGGUUUCUUUCACUACCGGUAGUUUUCUUGCUCUGCUGUGCGCCGGCCUCAGUGCUAUCGCAUGGACAGCAUGGACAGGCAGUAUAGUCUGGCUCCGCUCAGCGCGUGCAGAAGCUGACGGAAUCUUGCUUGAUGUUACAUCAGGCGAAGACUGA